CUUUCUAUUAAUUAACAGAAUUAUUAUCCAUAUAACAAUAUACCACUUUAACUCUUUCUUUUUCUUUUCUUCUCUUCCAUCAUACAUAUACACACACACAUAUAUCAAAAUAGCGAUUAUGGGAUUUCGGAAACUGAUAGAUCAAGAAGACAUAACCAACCAAUAUAUAAAUGACUUGGAUGAAGUAGUACCUUUAACUAAUUCAGCCUUAUCUAAUGACGAAAAACAGCAUCACAACAUCAUGGAUGAUGUACCUACUCAUCUCGAGCCUUAUCUUCAAACAAAACCAACUUUUGGUUUGACUGAUGAUCAAGUUCAAGAAAGAAUGCAUAGAUUUGGUAGAAAUGAAUUACAAGAAAAAAAGAGAAAUAAACUGUGGCACUUUCUUUCCUUUUUUACAGGAGCCAUUUCAUACUUGAUGAUUUUAUCACUGAUAUUGACAGCAGUAACAGGAGAUUGGCUUGAUUUUGGUAUCAUUUUAGGCAUGCUUAUUAUCAACGCAUUAAUCGGUUAUAUAGAAGAAUCUAGAGCAGAGUCUUCAAUAACAUCAUUGAAGAAUAGCCUUGCAUUGCAUAGUAAAUGCUGGCGAAAUGGAAAGUUAAUUGAAGUAGCAUCAUCAGAUAUUGUUGUCGGCGAUAUUAUUGUGUUAAGAAUAGGUGAUAUUGUCCCUGCAGAUGCACGUUUACUAGGAAUAGGCGCAUCAGGGGAAGCGAUUGAAACAGACAUUCAAAUAGAUCAAAGUUCAUUGACAGGUGAAUCAUUAGCUAUUAAAAAGAAGCCUGGAUCAAUUGUAUAUUCAUCUUGUGUCGUAAAGCAAGGCCAACAACAAGCUGUAGUGAUACGUGUAGGCCCUGAUACAUUUAUAGGCAAGACAGCCAGUCUCAUUUCAGUUACUACUGGAUCAGGUAGAUUUCAGAAAGUAAUUAAUUAUAUCGGUAAUUUCCUUAUCAUACUAUCUGUUCUACUUGUUCUUAUCAUCUUUAUACAUGAGUUGGUGGAAGAAAAAAUUCAAACGGGUGAAAUUACUAAAGAUCAAGUGUUGUCAGCGCUUAAUGAAAUGGUUGUCUUAACAAUUGCAGCGAUACCUGUAGGUUUACCCACUGUAAUGUCUGUCACUAUGGCUAUCGGUGCUAAACAAUUAGCAAAACAUCAAGUCAUCGUUAAAAGAUUAACGGCUGUUGAAGAAUUCGCUUCUGUGUCUAUUUUAUGUAGUGAUAAAACUGGAACAUUAACAAAGAAUGAAUUAGCCUUUGAUGAGCCCUAUUUAGCUGAGACAUAUGAUAAAAAUGAUAUUCUUUUAUACUCUUAUCUUGCUUCAGAGAUAGCAACGGAUGAUCCUAUCGAAUUUGCGGUGCGAAAUGCUGCUGAGAGGUUACAUCCUCAAGUUAGUAAUGAUGGUAGUCAUACUGUUCAAGGAUAUCAAGUUUUAUCAUUUAAACCUUUUAAUCCUGUUGAAAAAAUUUCAGAAGCAACGAUUGAAGAAAUCGCAACACAGAAUAAGUUUCGUGUAGCAAAAGGUGCACCACAGGUCAUUUUAAGUCUUGUACAGGGGCACCAACAAGCUGAGGAAAUGGUAGAAGCAUUUGCUCGUCGUGGUCUUCGGUCCUUGGGGGUUGCACGUACAGUAAAUGGAUUGAAUCAAUGGGAAUUAGUAGGUUUAUUAAGCUUAAUUGAUCCACCUCGUGAAGAUUCUGCUGCUACAUUGGCUGAGUGUCAACAAUAUGGUAUCUCCGUCAAAAUGAUUACUGGUGAUCAAGGAAUUAUAGCUAAAGAAGUAGCUGGAAGACUUGGUAUGGGCAAGAAUAUUUUGGAUGUCAAUGAAUUAAUUGAUCCCUCAAAAUCUGAAGAAGAAAUUUCUGAUGCCUGCAUCUAUUCUGAUGGCUUCUCUCGUGUUGUGCCAGAACACAAAUAUAGGGUUGUAGAGUUAUUACAAGAAAGAGGUUAUUUUGUUGCCAUGACAGGUGAUGGCGUCAAUGAUGCUCCUGCUUUAAAAAAGGCAAAUGUCGGCAUAGCUGUGGCUGGUUCAACAGAUGCUGCACGUUCAGCAUCCGAUAUUGUUUUGCUAGCACCUGGAUUAUCAGCCAUUAUUGAUGGUAUAAAAGUGUCGAGAGUAAUUUUCCAAAGACUUCAAUCUUAUGCUCUUUAUCGUAUUACAUCAACUAUUCAUUUCUUACUCUUUUUUUUCGUAAUCACGAUGGUCGAAAAUUGGAAGAUGCCGCCUGUGUUUCUUAUUUUAAUUUCAUUACUGAAUGAUGCUGCUACGUUGAUUAUGGCCGUAGAUAAUGUUGCUAUUUCACAUACCCCUGAUAUGUGGCGUCUCCGUUUGUUACUCGUAUUAUCUUGUGUUCUUGCCAUUGUUUUAUCUGGUUUCUCUUUUGCUCAUUUUUAUAUUUUCCGUAAUAUCUUGCAUGUUACACCUGGUGAACUUUCAACUAUUAUGUAUCUUCACAUAUCUUCAGCACCUCAUUUUGUCAUCUUCUCUACACGUACAAAUACGUUUUGGUGGAAGAGUAUACCGUCUCUCGCUUUCACUAUUAUUGUACUUGGAACUCAAAUCAUUGCUCUGAUAUUAUCAGUUUAUGGUGCAUUUGGUGCAGAUGCAAACAUUGAAGGCAUUGGAUGGCCUCGUGGAUUGAUCAUUAUCGCCAUCUCAUUGGGAACAUUUUUUAUCAUUGACAUGAUCAAAGUGGGUACAAUCGUUAUUUGGGAUAAAUUUGCUGAUAAGUCAAGACAUGAAUUCACAGCUGUUCCUACUUUUAUCACAAAAAGUAGUAAAGGUGCUGACAGUAAAGCAGCAAAAUUUAUUCAAAAACAACAUCAACAAAAGCUUUUCAAUACCGGUUAUGAUAGAGCACAGAGACGUGAAUCUGAAAGUUCUAUUAAAUCUUAUUAAUAAUCUUGUAGAUAUGUCAUUUUGAUGAAUUAUUUUUAUUUUAUUAUUUUUUUUUUAAAAAAAAAAGAAAAGAAAAGAAAAAAAGAAAGAAACUUGUA